GAAACAUGGCGCAGGUAGCUUCCAAAACAUGCGAUAUUUGUUCUAGUGCGUUAACUGAGCAUUAUUGUAUUGAUUGUGAACAGUAUUUUUGUGAGACUUGUAAAGGCUUACACAAAAGACAAAAAGUUUCAAGAAAUCAUGAAUUUCAGAGUAGUUCAGAUUUGAUCCAGGAAGUAAAAUCCAAAUGUAAAGAACACGACGAGGAUUUUAUCUUUUUAUGUUCUAGCUGUGAUGUUCCUGUUUGUAGAAGAUGUAUUUCAGGUAAACACAAUGGUCAUAAAGUCGCUAAUAUAGAUGAUUCCAUCACCAAUUUGACUCAGGACAUCAACAUAGCAAUCGAAAAAAGACUUAACAUUGCAACUAAAAACGUAACACAGAUAAACAGUGAACUGAAAGCUUUUGAUUUGGACGUUAACUCCGUCAUUAAAGAAAUAAGAGAUGAAGGACACAAAAUGAAAGCCAUGAUUGAUCGCGUAGUCCAAAAAAUGAUCGACGAUAUAAAUAGUAAAGCAAAGCAGGAACGGGAAAAACUGACAAAAAUGGUUAUAGAAGCGCAAACUGGAUUACAGGGGAUAACUGGUUUGGAUCUAAAGAGAAAGGAACUCGAGAAAACAAGACGAGAUGCUGCUCUAUUUGAAAAGUUAAAAACCCUGAAUAGUGAUAUAGAUAAGUUCCAGGCUAUCACGGUUCCAGUGCUUCCUUUUUUUAAAUGUACACCAAAAGGAAUAAAUGAACAAAAUUUGGUUAAUUUGUUUGGAACAUAUAGUGUGAGUGAAACUCACAGAAUACAGUCAGAAUCAGCACCAGCAGAAAUAAAAAAGGAAAGUGAAACUCACAGUAUACAGUCAGAAUCAGAACCAGAAAGUAUACAGUCAGAAUCAGCACCAGAAAGUGAAACUCACAGUAUACAGUCAGAAUCAGCACCAGAAAGUGAAACUCACAGUAUACAGUCAGAAUCAGCACCAGAAAGUGAAACUCACAGUAUACAGUCAGAAUCAGCACCAGAAAGUGAAACUCACAGAGUACAGUCAGAAUCAGCACCAGAAAGUGAAACUCACAGUAUACAGUCAGAAUCAGCACCAGAAAGUGAAAGUCACAGUAUACAGUCAGAAUCAGCACCAGAAAGUGAAACUCACAGUAUACAGUCAGAAUCAGCACCAGAACGUGAAACUCACAGUAUACAGUCAGAAUCAGCACCAGCAGAAAUAAAAAAGGAAAGUGAAACUCACAGUAUACAGUCAGAAUCAGCACCAGAAAGUGAAACUCACAGUAUACAGUCAGAAUCAGCACCAGAACGUGAAACUCACAGUAUACAGUCAGAAUCAGCACCAGCAGAAAUACAAACAGAAAGUGAAACUCACAGUAUACAGUCAGAAUCAGCACCAGAAAGUGAAACUCACAGUAUACAGUCAGAAUCAGCACCAGAAAGAGGUGAAGUGCAUUGGCAGAUGAUGGAUACAAGAAGUGUUUAUAGAUGCACAUGCGGGCAUGAGAUUACAAUAACAUUUCAUAGCCCUUUGUAA